AUGAUAAUAGAGAAUUUUCCACAAUUUUGGAAAAGGACAACAGGGGAUAAUAACGAGGAAGAUGACAAGAAUAAGACAGCGAAGAAAAAAUCAAGAAGGCCAUUAAACACAGGAUUUAGGCAACAGCGGUUAAAAGCGUGGCAACCAAUCUUAUCACCUCAAACUGUUUUCCCUGUAUUGAUCUUCUUAGCAUGCAUUUUUGCCCCUAUUGGGAUUGGAUUAAUGGUUAGUGCAAUUAAUGUUCAGGAUUUAGUUGUGGAUUAUACUCAAUGUCAUUUAUUAGCUAUUGACACAUUCACAGAAAUUCCAUCUAAUUUAGUUUCAUAUCAUUUUAAAAAGAAAAUUAAUAGUGCUAACAAACCAGCAUGGAGAUAUAUCAGCAAUGGAUUAGAUGAUGAUAAUGUUUGUCAAUUGAAAUUUGAAGUCCCAAAUAAUGUUAAGAGUCCAAUUUAUAUUUACUACAAGUUGACAAAUUUCAAUCAAAAUCAUAGAGAAUAUGUAGAAUCAUUUGAUAUUGACCAAUUGAAAGGAGAUGCCAUACCAUUAGCUUCACUUGAUGAUAAUUGUGAUCCAUUGAAAGGCAAUGAUGAAGAUAAAAUUAUCUAUCCAUGUGGAUUAAUUGCUAAUUCUAUGUUUAAUGACACAUUUUCUGUCAAAUUCAUUUCUGAAGACCAUAUUAAUGAUGAUUAUAAUUUAUCUUCCCAAGGGAUUGCAUGGUCCACAGAUAAGAGACAUCGUUAUGGCAAGACUAAAUAUAAUUCUUCUCAAAUAAUACCGCCUCCGAAUUGGUACAAGAUGUUCCCCAAUGGAUAUAACGAUAGUAAUAUACCUAAUUUAAAAGAAUGGGAAGAGUUCCAAGUUUGGAUGAGAACAGCUGCAUUACCAACUUUUUAUAAGAAAGCAUUACAAAAUGAAAAAGAUGAAUUAAUGGCAGGAGUCUAUACCAUGAACAUAACAUUAAACUACCCAGUAAUGUCAUUUGGCGGUACCAAGAACUUUGUUAUGACUACAAAUAGUAUUGUUGGUGCAAGGAAUAUUUCAUUGGGAAUAGUUUAUUUGAUUGUUGCUGGAAUAUGUACAGUUUUCUCAGUAAUUUUCAUUAUGAAAGUUCUUUUCCAACCAAGAUCAAUGAACGAUCAUAGCUAUCUAGACUUUACAUCGUCAUCUUCAUCUUCGAAUAAUAAUAAUAUGAAUAGUAGAUCUAAUGUUGUUCCAUCUUUUGAAAUUGAAUCAAUAAACGAUCAGAACGAAAGAAGGUCUAUGAACAGUUUACCAAUAAGAGAAAUCCUAUAA